UUUUCGGAGCACCGAAUCGGCGGAGCGUUGAAUCUAGCGAACCUGUCACAGGUUAUCCUGGGCGGCGGGCGGCGCGAGUUCCUGCCCUCCACGGCAGUGGACGAGGAGGGGACGCCGGGGCUGCGCGCGGACGGCCGCGACCUGCUGCGCGAGUGGCGCGAGGACAAGGCGGCGCGCAACCUCUCCCACCGCUACGUCGGCAGCCGCGCCGACCUGCUCGCCGCCGCCGCCGACCCGCCCGACUACCUGCUGGGCCUGUUCGAGGGCACCCACAUGCACUACAACAUGGAGGCCGGCGCCGCCACCGAGCCCUCCCUCGCCGAGAUGACCGAGGUGGCCAUUAAGAUGCUCGACCGCAACGAGAACGGCUUCUUCCUGUUCGUGGAGGGCGGGCGCAUCGACCACGCCCACCACGACAACCUCGUCGAGUUCGCGCUCGACGAGACGCUGGAGAUGGACGCGGCCGUCCAGCGCGCCGUCGAGCUGCUGGACGAGGAAGACUCGCUGAUCGUCGUGACGUCCGACCACGCGCACGUGAUGGCGUUCAACGGCUACACGCGGCGCGGCGGUGACGUGCUCGGCCCGUCCGACGACCGCGACGGGCUGGACGUGCCGUACAUGACGCUGUCCUACACCAACGGCCCGGGCUGGCGCCCGCACGUCGCCGGCCGCCGCGUCGACGUCACGCAGGAGUCUAACUACCGUGCGGAGGGUUGGAUGUCGCACUCGGACGCGCCGCUGGACUCGGAGACGCACGGCGGGGACGACGUGGCGGUGUUCGCGUGGGGCGCGCAGCACGCGCUGUUCUCGGGGCUGUACGAGCAGAGCCACGUGCCGCACCGCAUGGCGUACGCCGCGUGCGUCGGCCCCGGCGAGCGCGCCUGCAGCUCCGCCCCUCCCACCGCCCGCGCCGCCGCGCUCGUCGCAUCCGCGCUCAUUAUGUGUAUCGCCUUACUCAAUCACUGAGAUUAUACGUUAUUAUUACUUAUCAUAUUUAUUGCGUAUUGCUAAAUGAG